UGAAAAUGGAAAGUAAAGAUUCAAAACUAAUAAAGAAAACGGGCAGGAAAACCCCUAAGUACUGUUGUAUUUGUAAAGGAAUUUACAGAGGAAAGGUUAUUGAUGGGAGAAAAGUGUCAUUGCACCGUUUUCCUCAGAACAAACGUUUAAAACGUGUGUGGGUGCAGCGAUGUAAAACGGUCAUGAGAUCGUUCCAGUGGAAUGAACACAGACGAUUGUGUAGUGAGCAUUUUGUUGGCUUCAGAGGACCUUCAUUCCAGCAUACACUUCCAUCUAUGUUUCCAACUGAGACUGGUGCUACCAAAACCUUCCAGCCAACGCUCCUUGAUGAAGACGUAGGUGAUGAUGAUGAUGGUGAUACGGUCAAUGACGAUUUAGACCUAGAACUGUCAAAUGAUGAUAGUAUACAGCCACAACUGUCAUUUGUAUCCCCUUCCGGGCAUGCCAUUGAUACCUCUGUCCACCUGCAUGAUUACUGCAUGGGACCAGUACUACAGCCACAGAAUCAGUCCUUUAGAUGUUGUGACACACAGACUGAGAACAACUGUGCAGUGAUGGAAGUACAAACUGAAGAAAGUUUCCUGGGAAAAACAGCAGACUUCAGUUCACAAACAGAACAUUCUACUAGAGACUUUGGUGUACAAUGUCAGCUACCUAUGCUCACAUAUGAUGACGUAAAAUACAAUGACGAUUUGGUCAGUUUUUACACCGGAAUCCCUAAUCGAGUUGUGUUUGAAGCUUUGUUUGAUGAAAUCAAGGAUGAAGCUGAAGUGCGGACAUCAAGGCGGAAACUUAACUAUAAAGAUUCAGAUGGAGGACGGCCAAGAACUCUAAGUGUUCUGGAUGAAUUUUUCAUGGUGCUGAUGCGCCUACGUCUAGGUCUGUUAUUUGAAGAUCUAGGUACUAGGUUUUGCAUAUCCACUUCACAAUGUAGUGACAUUGUUGAAAGAUGGAUCAACUAUUUACAUGUACAAUUAUCCUUUCUUGUUCAAUGGCCAUCUCGUGAGGUAGUGAAAAAUAACAUGCCUGAACAAUUUAAAGAGAAAUAUUCUAACACUAGAAUUAUUAUCGACUGCACUGAAAUUUACAGUGAAACAUCCAGUUCUCUUUCUUUGAAAAGUUUAAUGUACAGUGAUUACAAGUCUCACAUGACUCAUAAGAUUUUGGUGGGUAUAAGCCCAAAUGGUGUUGUAACUUUUGUUUCUGACUGUUGGGUGGGCUGUACCAGUGACAAGAAACUCACAGAAAAAUGUGGACUCUUGGACUUGCUUGAAGAAGGAGACGCCAUAAUGGUUGAUAAGGGUUUCACUAUUACAGACCUUACUACUCCAAGAGGCAUUCAUCUCAUUAUUCCACCAUUUAAACAGAAAGGAAAACAAUUCUCUAAACGUGAGGUUCUCCUUACAAAAGAUAUUGCAAGUUUACGAAUACAUGUUGAAAGGCAAAUGGAGAGAAUCAAGAACUUUCGAAUAUUGCAUGGCAAUAUUCCUAUAACACAGUCAAGGAGAAUUUCUAAAGUGUUCAAAAUAUGCACAUAUUUGACAAAUCUAUGGCCACCACUUGUUCAAUAAUAACUCAUGUGUCAAUGAAAGCGUUUGUAUAUAUCAAGCAUUAGAUUUAGGGAUAAAAACUUGUAUACUUCUAACUAGAACAAUGAAAUUACAAUUUUGUUUUAAAAUCAUUUUUUCGAGCAAGUUAUAUGAUAACAUAUGAGAUUACACAUUUGAUUCAGGUUUGACAAAAAUGGAUAAGGAAAUAUGCUCAUGUGAAUGGAUUUCAAGAUUUGAUUUGAAACAUGUAUGCAUUAACUGAUCAAUUUAUUGAUAUAAUUUUUUGUUUGUGAAACAUCUGCU